UCCAAUCCACGCAAACAACAAUGAUACUGCUUUAUUUGUUUUCUAUCGGAUUUAUGGCGCUCAUAGCUGGUGAAGAUGAACAUGCAUACCAGCAGCAUAUUGGCUGUGCGUUCAACAGUUUCGGACAGGUAGGUCACUUCUGGCGGUACGGCUUCAACCACAAGGAGAUCAUGCAUGUGGAUCUUGCCAAAGAGGCUGUGGUUGCCACCAGCCUGGCAGGGAAUUUUUUGGCAGAUGAGAGGAACAACAGAAACACCUACUUCAGAAGUAAGGAGAAGAGGCUGAGAAAGGUUUGCUCAGCCGUGCAGACAGUCUUCUCCCUAUCCAACAGCACCCUGUCCAGAGCAGCUAAGCCCACAGUGGAAGUGGCCCUAGGAGGAGAGGAAGGGCAGGAGUACCUGCUCUGUUCAGUGCACGGCUUCUACCCAAAUGUCAUCCGUGUUCGCUGGGUUCACAACGGGAAGCAGCUGUCGCUUGGCACGACCACAUCCGGCAUACUGCCCCACAGAGACGGAACGUUUCAAAUGACCAUUUACCUCUCCCUGAGUAACCGCAGUGCGUCUGGCAUUGCCUGCGAGGUGGAGCACAUCAGCAUUGAUGGAAAAGAGCGAAAGACUUUAGAGGAGCCCUUCCAUUACGGGCUCUUGAUGGCCAUCGCUGCCUCAGUGGUGGGGCUGCUGCUGCCAGUCUGUCUGACUGCUUGGAAAGUUUGGACGAGGAUCAAGGACUCUCGGGCCUCCGUCAGUGACUCGACGAGCAGCUCCAGGGGCGAGCCCGAAACGCCACCGUCCAUGAGUCUGAUGCAAAUUGAGGAAGAGGAAAUUACACAGUGA